GUCACGUGAUGUUUGCAGCUAUAGAAGAGCAGCCACAUAUUUACAGUCGUUACAACCGGAUGUUUCUGAACGGAAGCGACACCGUCCUCAUGUCUGAUCAAGUCUUAGCAGGUGUAGGAGUGUAGUGUAGUGUAGGAGUAACGUCCCGAGCUACAGUACGGAGUAACGAGUAACGAGUAACCUCUGCGUUACUCCGGACUGAGCACAGCGACACGUCACAAGAAACCAAGCGUCACCACAUACGUCAUCAACACAAGCCUCGAUACGCGCAUCACAAACAUCUUCCUGGACUCGACUCACGCUUCGAAGCCUCGACACGGAAGGACACAUCACUCAUUUAUAUAUUAGUAUAUAUUAUAUUUAUAUAUUAGUAUAUAUCGCCAGAUGUUAGUGGUCUCGUGCUGAAACACGGAGACACGAUGGCGGAGCAGAACACGGAGGCGAAGCUGAAGAACCUGCUGAAGCAGGAGAAGAUCCAGCUCUGGAAUCCUCCGUACACCAUCGAUGACGAGAAGCUGGAGCCGCAGCACAUUCAGGAGCUGGCGGAGCGUUUCGCCGCCCUGCUGUUUCUGCCGGUGUCGGAGGUUGGUGGGGCUCUGGAGUCCAUCCGAGUUCAGACAGUGACGAGGAGCAAAGGAAACCAGACGUACAGGGAGACCAACGUGGCGACGCUGGAGCUGCUGCUGCCCAGAGACAGCAGGAAGGAUCCAAAGUCAAAGAAGAACUACCUGGAGACAAGGCUGGACGUGUGUGUCCAGGAGGUGGUGGACAGAAUCGGCCAAGAGUUCGGCCUCAGAUACAUCAAACUGAUCCUGAACGGUAAAACUCUGAGUCCACACGAGCGUCUGGACGAGCAGGGCGUGAAGAACCACAGUAAAGUGAUGGUGCUGAAGGUGAGCGAUGCCGAGCUGAAGCAACUGAUGAGUGAAGAGGAGCAGAGGAAGAAGCAACAGAGCGAGAGUCUCCAGAGGACGCAGAAAGGCUUCCAGAUCCUGUCCGAGAGAGACGGCAGCGAGGACUCCAGUAAUGUUCCGUUCCUGGAGAUCGCCGACCAGAAGGGAAACCCGCUGAAGAUCCCGCCCAAGGAGAGGAAGGCUCUGAUCCUGGCCAUGGGUUUCCAUGAGAAAGGUCGUUCUCUGAUGAAGAGGAAACAGUACGAUGACGCUCUCUGUCACCUGCUGCAGGCCGACCAGCAGUUCAGUGUGUGCGGCUCGGCUCUCCUCAGCUCAGUGGAUAACUUCGCCGUCCUGCAGCUGGACAUCGUGUGGUGUUAUCGAGCUCUGGAGGCUCUGUCGUGUCUGGACGACGGUAAGACUCGUCUGCAGCGAGCCGAGGACUGUUUCCUGCAGUGUUACGGAGAGCGGCGAGAACGACUGCUCAUGAUCAAGGGUAACACAGGCAGAGAGGAGGUGUUGUUUCUCCGGUUGUACCUCCUCCAGAGUCUCCUCUCCUACAUCGAAGGAAACGACAUUCAGGCGCGACACCAACUGACCAAAGUGGAGUCUCUGUUCAGUCAUUUGUGUCUGGACUCAGAGAAAAUGGCUCAGCUGAUGGCGCUGGGCUUCUCCGAGAGAGAAGCUCGACUGGGACUCAGAGCCUGUCAGGGCGACCUGCAGGAGGCCGCCAUCCACAUCAGCAACCGCAGACAGGAGCGAGAGGAGCUGAAGCAGAGGGAGAGGCAGAAGAGGAGCAGGAGGAUGGAGGACAUCUCUGUCCUCGCUGAGCUGGGAUACUCCAGGAGAGACGCUGCCCAAGCGCUGCACCGCGCUGACGGAGACGUGAACAGGGCUUGUGAGAUCCUCCAGGACGCCAGUCAGGCUGCUCAGGCGACCAAUGACCACAGAGAGGGGGCGGUGAGUCCAGAGAAGGUGGAGCAGUUGUUGUAUUUGGGUUUCGAGAAGGACGCGUCUGAAGCAGCUCUCACUCUGACGGAUGGAGAUGUCCAAUCAGCUGCUCAGUUUCUGCUGGACAACCAGGGUGUCCUCUCCCCGCCCUCCUCCUCCCCCUCCACAGAGGAGCCCAGCACCUCCUCCAGCACCACAGAGGACGAGGAGCUGGUGAGUGAAGUGUUGGAGGAUCUGUCUCGUCAUGAGGAGGAUUAUCUCGACCUGACGCUGGAGGAGGAGAGCGAGCUCAUCGACACCAUGAAGACGUUCCUGAACCGAGGGUCCGCACACACCGUGUGACACACACACACACACACACACACACACACACACACACAGUGUGUUUUCUCCUGUUUCAUUCUGACAAAGAUCUUAUUUUUAUUUAAGGCUCAGAUGAGAUUGUUGCUCCUCGUCUGGUCACAUGUCUGAUGUUCGGUUUGAGAGAAGCCACGGACUCAUGUACGCAAAUUUAUUUUAAAACUGGAAAAAUCUGCACUUGUUAAAUGUAGCAGCGCUCUUCAGGAAGAAGAAGCUAUUAUUUUUUGAUAAAUCAAAGGAUCAUCUUGUGUUUUCUUUUAAAAAAUCUGCUGAUUUAAAGAGAAAGAUCAGGUUCGGGAAAGUUUGAUCUGACGAAAAGACAAGUUUGUAGAAGAAGAAGAAGCACUUUGUCUUUUAUUUAAAUAAAAUUCAUUUCCAUGUUGAGUUUCAUGUUGAUUGAGCCAAUAAAAGUUUGAAUAUUCUUUAUAUAAAGACAAUAAAUAACUGUAUAUAAA